AUGGUCGCGAGAAAGCGCGGUCGGGAUGAGAUGGAGACGGAAGCACCUAUCGAGGAGCCGACGACACUGCAAAAGCUACGCAAUAUGUGGCAGUUCGCCAAUUUGGCACAAUACAUCUUCCUCUUCAAAGGGGCUCUCAAAAUCGACGAGGACUUUGGUAUCGAGGAAUUAGAGACGGAAUGUCUCUUGCCACAGCCCUCGGCACAACUGGCCGCCAUUGGCCUCGCCCUCCUCAAGCACGUCUCGUCGCACAAAGGCCUCACACCCGAGAUCUUUGAUGAAUACACACGCCGCCAGUUCGUGGCGAAAGCCCCGGCGCGCAACCCCUUCGGCACCGAGGAGAUUCCCAAUAAGUUUGACGACUUCGAUAUCUUCACCAAGAUUAGAGUGCUCCAACAGCUAUCCGUUUGGACGCUGAACAACCCAAAUACGAUUAGGGAACGACUCAAUCCGACUGAGUCGGAACAGAUAGAAUGGCGCUUCAAUCCGUUCGGAUACGAUUCCAAAGGUCGUACACUGUUCGUGCUCGACGACAUGCGCAUGUAUCGCCGGACCGACCCACCUCCACCGCCUCCCCCGAAAGCCAAAACGAAAGCCAAGGCACGCAAAUCGCGCUCGUCACGAGGUUCCAAGAGGAGGAAGACGUCGACGCCGGAACCUGAGGAGCCUGAGGAGGUCGAUGAGGCGACUGAGCUCCCGCUCGACGCAGAGCCCGAGGACGAUGGCUUUGGCGGUAUGAAGUGGGAAUGUGUCUGCAUUACCUACGAAGACUAUCAAGACUUCCUGACCGGCAUACGCAAGAGUCGUCAUCCUGAUGAGAAGCAGUUGUACAAGGACAUAGAAGCAGAUAUAAUACCAGAACUUGCCAAGGUGGCAGAAGCCCAGGCAAGGAAGGAAGCCAAGAAGAUGAGAGAGCUGGAAACGCUUCAGAAGCUUGCUACUGCCAAGCGCUCGUCGAGAAUAUCCGCAAAGAUGGACAAGCAAAGGGAGGUCGAGGAGGCCGAGGAGGCAGCCCGGAAGCGACGUGAGGAGAUCGCCAUGGCAAAGGCGGAGCAAGACAGGCAGCGCAACAUGGAGGAUGCGCACGAGUCUCGCAGGCAAACACGAGAGCAACGCAUUCGCGAGCGCGAGGCCCAAAAGAUCCUACAAGAGGAGAACGUCCGCAAGUUGGAGGAAGACGAGAAGAAGCUCACAUCCGAAGAGGCCAGACUUUCCGAGCGCCAUCUUACAGCACAGAUGAAGAAAGCUAAGAGAGAUCUGGAGAAACUCAAAGAGAAGGAAUACUGGCUUUUUGACUGUGAGAAGUGCGGACUAAACGGAGAGUGCCUUGACGACGGCAAACCCCAGAUACAAUGCGACGAGAAGGACGGCUGCGGCGUGUGGCAGCACUCAACCUGUCACGGCAUAUCUGCGAAGCGGGCAAAUAUGGAAGACUUCAAGUUUCUUUGCGCUUCCUGCACACGGAAACAGCAAGCCGCAAAGGAACCCAAGCUUGCUUUGAAGCUCAGACUAACAUCUGCCUCGCCUGAUGCCCGACGCACUUCGCAGGCUAACGGCAAUGCUCAGACAGAACCCGCACAUCAGCUCAAGGCAGUCGAUGUACCACGUCCAAUGCCGCAAUCCCCACAACGGCCGGUUCAACCCAGUCAUUCUCUGAUGAACGGUCCGAGCCUUUCACCUCGAGGACAAGCUCUUGGCCCGCCAGGCAUCCAACGAUCAGAGGCAGCCUACGGUUCACCAGUAGUUCCUGCUGGUAGCAGUUCGCCGACACGCCCUCGACACCCCAGUAUACAGGGCGGUGUGAAUAUGCCUAAUGGAUUAGGUUCAUCACCACCCCGGUUCCCGCCCCAUGCUAUCAGUUCUUUCAGCAAUGGCACGCCAGUAUCACGCCAGAAUGGCAGUCCUUUCAACAACACGAACCCUUUUCAAUCGAAUUUCCACCCCACUUACACCAGCAGCUUUAGUCGACCUACGUCCGCUGCCGGCACCACCUCCUUCGGAUCUCCUAUCAAGCAUUCUUCACCUCGCCCUACGAAUGGCGUUCCGAACGGCUACAACUUCACGAACAGCCCUCACUCCUCCUUCCCUCCAAGCAAUGCCCAGGCAUCGGCCAUGUCCCCAACUAAGCAUAGCUCUCCUCCGCCGCCCCUCCCCCAGAUGAUGUCUUCACCGGCACCGGCUCCUGUAUCAUUCAUCGCACCAUCGCCAGGUCAAAUGCCAGCACAAAUUCUACCGGAUCCGAUCCCUGCGCCUUCGAAACACGAUGGCGCUCGCCCACCUUCAAGCCAUGAGAUGUCAGAGGCACAUGUCUUCCCGCCGAUCAAGUCGCUAUCGCCGAGUGUUCCUCCUCAAAACCUCAGUCCGCCUGUGAAGAAAUCGUCGCCGGCACCAAAUCGGACACUUGACGUGCCCAUGAACGGGAACCCAUUCGAUAGCUCCAUUUAG